AUGAUACCGAUUGGCGCGGUGUCUUGUGAUUUUGGAGAUCCACAUGAAUUGCUAAGCAACAAUGCUCUUGCCAGGUGUUACAUGGAUAUCGACAACAUUGCGUCCAUAAUUUUGAUAUGCCCUCGCCGAAUCAACGACAGCGAUUACGUCUUGCAUCCUCAACCAACAUCGUAUGAUACCGCUCAUCUCAACGCAUACGUGAGUGAUGAAGGUACGUUUCGUUCCGUCACCCUUUCGGAUGUAAUAAGAGCUGAAUCCGGGAGCAAUAUCAUAUGGUUGGAGUCCAAAGAGUCGCAAACGGAGUUGCAUUUUAACUUUCCAAUUCACGAAUUGUUCGCCAUAACCGAACGCCGUUUGAUCUUCCUCUGUGGCCCGCGAGAUUUGGUUCUGAGUGAUACAUUGCAACGUUACCUUGACCGUAUCAAUAAUAUCACACGUUUCAUGGAGAAAUCUCCUUGGACUCCAGCCACGCCAUUGACGGAGCAAUUAUCAGAAAUAGGAAAUGGAUUGGGUGUUUUAUACAUACACAGAGGAGAUACUCAUCUACCACUUCAAGGCUGUGGCAGUCGCCCCUCGCCACUGUUUGCUGCGGAUAAUGAGGUGACUGUGGACCCCUUCACCGGAACCCGAUCAUGUGUGGCGGAUCCCAUGUCAAAAUCACCUAUCGGAUUCUUGUGCGAGGGCCGAAUUGAACCUAAGGAUUGUAUGAGAUUCCUCGUAGAUCAGGAUGGCAGCGUUGUGACUACUCCUGAACCAUAUCCGUAUUGGAAUAUCGAAAAUUAUAAGCCUUGGGUGGUGGCGCGAUAUUUUGAUGACUUGGCAUUACCACCAUUCAAUGGCGAAUGCCGGUGCAUAGAUUUCGAAACAGGUCACAUGAAGGCGAGGAUGGGUAUUCGUCCUAAAACAGAUUACGUAUGUGAUAUCACUAGUAAAAUAUUCCGCAACCGUGUGCGUCCUAUCCGUGGUCCUUGGUGUUCGGUGGUGCUUCAUCCCGGCAGCACGUUGACCAUAAGAGUGCCAAUACAGGGUGUUUAUCUGCAGUCUUCCGACGAGGUUUCUCCUACCGUCCCGUUCUCGCAAUUGCUGUCUAUCUAUGAAUAUGAAACUGAAUUCUUGCCGAAAGACACGACUACGCUGAGACAAUUGGCAAGCGUCUACGACUUUGAUAUUUACGACGAAGUGUUGUACCAUAGAGCUCUUGCUGGCGAUGCUUUCGAGUUGGAUGCUUCCACGAUAUCCCAGGGUGAGGUAAAACUGAAGUACCAUCUGGACAAACCUCUUGCGUUACGAAAAGGAUCCAACUCGUUCUUUUAUCAUUGGACUCUGAUAUCUAGGAACGAGAACGUUCCCGAUAAGAUAAGAGCCACCGUUAACGUGUCCUUUGCAUUUAACCAUGACUACACGAAGGUUGGUUGUGAUCGAGACCAAAGGCAUGUGUUUGAUCAAUAUUCGAGCAGGAAGUAUUGCGCAACUAAACGGAUGGCAAACAGUAUAGGGGAUACGUACGAAUGCACGGUGCAUCUUUGGAGGGACGCCUGGAAGGCUGGUAUUUAUUGCAGGUCCGGUGAGGAGUUAUUGCCGGGCAACUGCAAAUCUACAGGAUACGAUAACUAUUCCAAUCAUAUUACGCGUUUUCCUGUGUCUGUACGAAGUGGUACGCCUUACCCUAUUGGAGGAUUCCAGGUGUUCGAUAUCGGUGUGCCAAGGGCCCCUGUCAGCUACGCCUGCUUCUGUGUCGACAGCCGUGGUUACGAGACUUCGAAACUUGUUUUAGAGCAUAUCCAUACAGCAACUUACAUCUACAAAGUGUGCCAUGAAGGCACGUCUAACACGUUGCUUUCCUACAUCCCGUUGCCUUGGCACAAGGUUGUACUAUUGCGUGAAGAAGCUAGAUCAACAGAUCUGAUUAUACUAAGGAACACAUACAAAAAAUCCAUCAAACUUGAAGUGGGUACAAGGUUGUCCAUCACAUGUGAUAUAGAUCCCGACGAUCAAAACAUUGCAAACAAUGGAAAUGUGACAACCACGUGGCUUCCAAAGCAAUUUGAUGAAUUCCAUUAUAUUUACUCCCAUACAUCACACGGGCGUGAGCUUAUUAGGAGAUUGCACGGAGAUGCUAUGGCUGGUACGCCUGCGGGAUUGGAAGUCGUUCACCAUAAUGACACAGAGUUACCAGCAUAUGAUAAGUUGACGAUCACAUCUCAUAGAGGAGCCAUUCUUAUAUCUAAAGAUCCACUUCACACAAAAUACCUGCCCAUGAGGUUCGUCUGCGGUAAGACGCCCGAACCAUCGGAUUUCUCCAUUGUCACUGGUAACGCAUCUACCAUACCCAUUCGCCGAACUCCUGAAUCGUCACGAUACGCGUGGAUUAUCGUUAAGGUUGCCGUCGAGACGACGGAUCCCUACAUGCAAGGCUGCGGCGUUACGUACGCGUCGGAUGAGUUGUUCAAGCCUGAGACACCCCAACUCUACGACGCUGACGGGCAACCUCAGUUCGGUUGCAAGAUAGAUCUUCAGGCUGCCAAAGAAGCGGCGUUCUACUGCCCGGCGCCGUAUGUCCUGGACCCACCCAACUGCUUCAGCCAAGUAUUAGUGGACGGUAGCAUCACUAACUUGGCCGAUGUCAGCAAAUCUUUGAGGGCGUCACGAUCCAAUCACUUCGUCAUUUUGCAUUUACACAGCUCACUCUUGAGGUCUGGGGAGACGCUGCGCCAGACGUCGCCACUGGAGUGUCGUUGCGUCACCGUCAAGGGUAUCGUUCUCUCCAGUAUACAGAUCGUGAACUAUUACGCCAAGCAGUGA